GAGAGAUGCUGUUGUCAGGGAACAGCAGCCACAUAGAGGACCAGUGAAAAUAACAGCAGGAUUAUCUAAAGGACACAGAGACUGGUGCUUAAUUUCCCCAAGUUGCUUUAGGGAUAAAAAAAGCUGACUCCUCAGAGAGAUUGGGAUACAGAGGAAACUCAAACAUUGAUAUUUGGGAGUGGAAAAACAUACUCCAGAGGUAUUUGGAGCUACAAGCAGAGAAAAGAAGGGCAUAGCGAGAGAGAGAGAGAGAGAGAGAGAGAGAGAGAGAGAGAGAGAGAGGUCAUGAUGCCAGAGCAGAUGCAUUCUGAUUAAAGGAAUUUUGUGUCUUGGUGGUGUGGAUGAAGAGCUGAGAGGCAGGCUGUCGGCUCGCUCUUCACGGCCAGUCUUUCCCUAACAAAGGUGGCCAGAGGCGGAGGAGAAGUGGGGGGUGGGAGUGGGGUCCAUCACAGAGGUGCCCCCUGUUUACAGACACCUGCUGCUGGCUAGCGGCUGACAUCGAGGACACUGUAUGACUGUGUCUGUGCACGAGCGAGUGUGUGUGCAUGUGAAUGAGUGAAAGACAGGGAGCGUGAGAGGAGAAAUAUCAGCCUGACCCCUGCUAUUCUGUUGGUGUGGAGGAUAAGGACUUUCUCCCAUUGAAUCUUUGCAUCUGUGACUGAGGAAGAGGGAGGACACUCAGACACGGACCAGCGAGAGGUUUUUAGGGGAUCUCACACUGCUCAUGCCCCUGCUCUCCUCUCUGAGGAAUGGGCACCACAGAGGCAACUCUACGAAUGGAGAACAUGGAAGUGAAAGAUGAGUGGCAGGAUGAAGACUUCCCCAGACCACUACCAGAGUACGGAGACAUGGAUGCCUCUUGUGGUCUCACAGACGACAGAGCCUCUCCCCCUAACUCCCUGAAUGUGAGCCCACCUGGAGGAGGCGGAGGCGGUGUGUCCUCGUCCCACCGUAAACGGCGUACACUGGUUGCCCCAGAGAUGAACCUUUCACUGGACCAAAGUGAGGGUUCUCUGCUGUCAGAUGACUUCCUGGAUACACCGGACGACCUGGACAUUAAUGUUGAUGACAUCGAUACGCCUGACGAGACAGACUCGCUGGAGUUCAUCACCAAUGGCAACGAGCUGGAGUGGGAAGACGACACGCCGGUGGCCUCAGCUAAAGCAGGUCCCAGUGACAGUUCAGGAGAAGCAGACGGGGAUGGGAAUGCCAACAACGGACGCCUCUGGAGGACGGUGAUCAUUGGAGAACAGGAGCAUCGUAUUGAUAUGCAGGUCAUCAGACCCUACCUCCGGGUGAUCACACACGGAGGUUAUUAUGGCGAGGGCCUUAAUGCCAUCAUCGUUUUCUCUGCCUGUUACCUGCCUGACAGCAGCUGUCCAGACUACCACUACAUCAUGGAAAACCUCUUCCUGUAUGUGGUGAGCAGUCUGGAGAUGCUUGUGGCUGAAGAUUACCUGAUCAUCUACAUGAACGGAGCCACUCCUCGGAGUAAGAUGCCUGGGAUUAGCUGGCUCAAGAAAUGUUACCAAAUGAUUGACAGAAGACUGAGGAAGAACCUGAAGUCUUUGGUCAUUGCUCACCCCACCUGGUUCAUACGCACUGUCCUGGCUAUAUCCAGGCCCUUUAUCAGUGUGAAGUUUAUGAAUAAGAUCCAGUAUGUCCACAGCCUGGAUGAGCUGGCAGAGCUCGUCCCCAUGGAGCACGUCCAUGUUCCCGAGUGUGUGGUGCAAUUUGACGAGGAGAGGAUUAAAGCGCGGAGGGAAAGGAUGGAGCAGGAGCACAGACAGCAGGAGCAGCAGCAGUCAGUCCCGCAGGAACCAAUUAAAAAGUCUGAGCGGCCAAAGUCAAUGAUUGUAAAUCAAGGAUUAUGAGAAGGACAGAGCUGUGCAGAUGAAGUGUGUGACAGACAUAUGGAGCAUGAAUCCUUGAAUUUAUACCCAUAUGAAGCAGUGGUCCAGCAAGUCUACAUGUGCUUCCUCGUUUUACCAACAUACAGCUGACGAUUUGUGCCGUCAUUUUCCAAAAUGAUGAACCUCUGUCUCAUUAUUCCUCCAUCUGGAACCCCUUCUCCCUCUUUGCCAGAAGGUUUCAUAUUGCAGCUUAAAGAUGUACAAAAAAACCCGCUGCUCUGUUACAAUAAGUGUUUCACCAUGGAAAGUGAGGUUGGGUUCAUCAAGUCAUUAACCUGCUAUGUGGUCGGAUAGCUCAUAUUGUAAUAAUACAUCCACGUGAGGCUCUCAAAGGCCAGAACUUUGACAGAAAGUUACACUCUGUAAUGUAACACAAAAACUUAGAAGAAAGACAACUGAUUUUGGAAAUGAUGGUGAAACAACUGUAACUCCAAUUGUGGUUCCUUAUGUUGUAACUAACUCUGACAAUGGGAGAUAAAAGGUUUUUCCCUGACAAUGAUGAUCUGUACAUAUGUCAUGAAAGAUUUAGCAGACCAGAGAUGUCUUACAGCAACAUUAUUGAUGUAGCAGAUGCAGAGCUUGGGCCAGUAUGUGACCACCUGGUUGCACACAUUGAUAUUCAUGCUGGUUCGUGUGAAUAAUAUAAUGUGUAUUAGAUGUAAAUAACAAUGGAUUUCCAAUGCAUCGGAUGCCUUCAUCUUAUUUUUUUGCCUCAUAACUGCUGUAUCUUAAGGCCUUUUCAAGCUCUCUUUUGCUGGAUUCUGAAAAUGUCCAAAUGUACUAAUAUCAGUACUGUACCUUGUGUUAUGAUGUGCCUCAGUCGUCUUGUGUGUAGAAAAUGCAGGAACAUGAUUGAUAUUUGCAUUUUGUGACCUGAAAAAACCCAUAUGAGCAAAUCUAUAAGAAUCAUAUAUAUGUUGUAAAAUGAUUAUGCAGGCAAUGCUUGUUUGUUUUGUGUAACAUGGUUAUGGCCACAUACACAGAGAACAUUAGACAAAUAUACAGUUUCCUGCAUAAUAUCUAAACUAUAUGAUCUGUGUGUUACAUACUGUAUGUCAUCUAUAAGAUAAAUAUAAUACUAACCCACCAUAUACUACAGUCAUUUUUGAAAUCUGUGUAAAAGUGGCCAUAAUCAAGACAAAAUAUAUAUAAGCAUUGUACAUAUGUUUGCAUAUUCAUUUUAGAAAUUGCACAUGUGUAUAAUUCUUAUAGGUCUGUUUUGUUCAGGAACAUUUGUUGUCGGCUCUGAUUGUGAAAACACUUUCUGACAACUAACUUGAUACAGUAUAAAGCAGCUUCUGAAAGGAUAACAUUUGGAUCAUUAUUGACGUUUAAGAAGCUAAUGUGGAGAUUGAUUUCAGCAGCGUGGCAUCUCCUUAUGUUUUCUGUAGUCGUUACUGAUCAACAUUUGGGACAUGUUCUUCAAUAAUAGAAAUCUAAACAUUUCUCAAACACCCUAAUGCAUUAUGGGUUGUACAUUUUAUGGGAUGGAUUUUCUCUAAUGUCUUCCAUCACUUCAACUUAUUGUAGCAGGAGGGCAGAUGAAAAAGAAUGUUUAUUUUUGAAGAAGUGCAAAAUUACAUUUCUCGCCUGCCUCGUUUUGCACUAUUCGAUUUGUCUCAUAACCUUUGAAUGGUUUCAGCAUAUAAUGUGAUCGACUUAUGUUUAUGAGGUGAUGUGUUCUCCUAAAAUGUCUUUUUUGUUGUUUUUAAGUCUCGUGACCGAUGUCAUGCCAUUGUGUAGCUGUUAGUAAGGCAUGAACAUGUUUAUGCUUCUUCGGUACAGAAAAUAGGACUUAUGACAUGUCUGUUUAUUUUUUAUUUUUUUUGUCUGUUUCUAAAGUGCCAUCUCAAUUCUGGAUUUCUUCUUGUUCCUUUGCCUUUCUGGUACAGGAAUGUUCGCGAAAAAGUUAAACUUCUGAGUUCUUUUCAGUCCUGUUAGGCUCUUUUCACACCAAUAAACCAACCCUGAGUAGUCCCAUCAAAUAUUUAUCCUCCUUGAAACAAUCCUAGCUCACUUACCACAGUUUUGGGAUGGUUAGUUGGAUGUACAGAGUGCCAACUAAACUAAACUGAACUAAAUGAUUAAGAGAAAUCCAGAAAAAGUAAAGGAAUAUACUGUGUAGCCUUUCCAUUUUGAGUUAUUAUAGUUUACUAUAUCAAGUCACACCCUGUAUGGUGUAUAGCAAGAUCUACAUAUGGCUGACAUGACCUUUCCUAAAAUCUAAAUGUUCAUUUUGACUAUAAAAGCACAAUAUGUAUAGUGUUACAAUUGAUUUGCCUUCCAUGCAUCUGCUGUAAAAUGUUUGCUAAGACUCAAAUGGAAAUGGUGAUCUAUCAUUCAUGGUUCUGAAGUUCUUUAGACUCAUAUGAUCAGUUCUGCCUUGUAAAUAUAACUGAAUAAAUACUGCUCCUCCCAGAA